GCGCGCUGUGUCACUGUCGCGCCGCUGAGAGUCGGGCCUGGAACGCUGACGCCGGAGGGCUGACUGUCGGGCAAGGACGCGAGCCGGCGGCAGGGCGCCAGUCCCGCCGCGUGACAUCGCCGCGUGACCCCUCGCAAUCCGCGCCGACGCCGCGAUGAGCAUGACGCCGUCGACGGAAGAGGUGCUGAACGGUUCGGAGAGCGGCGCCUCGCAGGAGGCGCUCAACGUGACCGCCUCGCCCGACUACGACGCCGAGCAGUCGGUCAAGAUCUUCUUCUGGGGCGAGCUGGCCACGGCUCUGGUCGUCUACUCGCUGACCUUCGUCGUGGGCAUCAUCGGCAACGUGCUGAUCCUGGUGGCGAUCGCCGGUAACCGGCGUAUGAAGUCCGUCACUAACACGUUCCUGGCGAGCCUGGCCACGGCCGACCUCACGCUCAUCUGCCUCUGCAUCCCCGUCAAGAUCGCGAAGCUGUUCUCCUUCACGUGGACCCUGGGGGCAUUCCUGUGUCUGGGCGUGCACUACGUCCAGACAGUGACGGCCAUAUGCUCGGUGCUUACCCUCACGGCCAUCAGUUUGGAGAGGUACUACGUGAUCCUCCACCCGAUGAAGGCUCAAUACAUCUGCACCAAGAGCCAGGCGCACCGGACCAUUCUGGCCAUCUGGCUGCUCGCUUUCGUGCUGGCUUGCCCAAUGCUGGUGGCUCAGGUUCACAUCCCGGUUGGCAUCCCACCUGUGGCGUUCUGGUGCGUGCGGAACGUGGACCUGCCCGCCCUCUGGCGCUUCAACGAGCUCUACCUGCUAGUGGUGUUGCUGCUGGCGCCAACGGCAGUGAUGGGCACCGCGUACACCUGCAUCAUCGUCGAGGUGUGGCGCGUCAUGAAGAACCGGCUUCAGCUGACCCACCAGAUGCCGGCCAGCAAAAGUUUCGGAGAGGAUCGCGCACUAGUACUGGACGACACCGUGAAGGAGCCGGUUCAGCGAUGCCGGAGCGUCGAAGACCAGGCCACUUUGCAGCAGCUGAUCCGGAUGAUGGUAGCUGUGGUGGUGUUCUUCCUGGUCUGCUGGUCGCCGCUGCUGGUCUUCAACGCCCUGCAGUCGUUCGGAACGUUCCCGGUGUUCGUGCCCGGGACCUACAAGCACAUCCGGACCUCGUUUGAACUGAUGGCCUACGCCAACAGCUGCAUCAACCCGCUGGUGUACGGCUUUAUGUCCCGAAGUUUCCGCGACAGCUUCCAGCGGGCGCUGUGCGGACAGAAGUACCUCCUGGGCAUGCGCCGCGACGCGUCCAAGAGCUCUAACAUGACUCAGCUGGCUUCGCUGAGACAGCCCAACGCAGCAGCGAUGGCGUGAGCGGCUGGAGCCAGCAGCGCGGAAGACGAUCGAUAGUCUCCACUCCAAACGGAGUCUCGAGAUCUCACUCAGAGUGCCAUCGCGAGAGGAAAACAACCGGCAGCCAGUCCAGGCGUCGUGCGGGGGACGACGCCUGGACUGCUGGGGCUUCUCGAGUGAGACACCUGUCCGCGGGCGGGCGCCAGGACUGCUGGGCUUCUCAAGUGAGACACCCGUCCACGGGCGGGCGCCAGGACUGCUAGUGUUCUCGAGUGAGACACCUGUCCGCGGGCGGGCGCCAGGACUGCUGGGGCUCUCGAGUGAGGCACAUGUCCGCGGGCAGGCGCCUGGACUGCUGGUGUUUUCGAGUGAGAUACCUGUCCGCGGGCGGGCGUCAGGACUGCUGGGCUUCUCAAGCGAGACACCCGUCCACGG